UUUGCCAGUGUGUGUGUGUGUGCGCGUGUGUGUGCGUGUGUGUGCGUGUGUGUUACUGCCUUACUGACAGAACAUUCCACAUCCAGCAUCCAUCCAGGAAGGAAUCCUAUUCUUAUCUUCGUCGCUCGCUCUUUUCCAAAAAGACGCCAUGUCUUACCAAGGCAAAAAGAACAUCCCGAAGAUCACGAGCGACCGGCUUCUUAUCAAAGGCGGCAGGAUCGUGAAUGAUGAUCAGUCCUUCCAUGCAGACGUCUACAUGGAGGAUGGCCUUAUCAAGCAAAUCGGUGACAACCUGAUCGUGCCCGGCGGGGUGAAGACCAUCGAGGCCAACGGCAAGAUGGUGAUCCCCGGCGGUAUCGACAUUCACACCCACUUCCAGAUGCCAUACCGCGGGACCACCACUGUGGACGACUUUGCUCAAGGCUCCAAGGCAGCGCUUGUUGGCGGCACCACCAUGAUCGUCGAUCACGUGAUCCCAGAGGCAGGAAGUAGCCUGAUGGAGGCCUAUAACCAGUGGAGGCAGUGGGCUGACGAAAAGGCCUGCUGUGACUACUCUCUCCAUGUGGACAUCACCCACUGGAACGACAGCGUCAAGCAGGAGGUGGAACACCUGAUGAAGGACAAAGGUGUAAACUCCUUUCAGGUCUACAUGGCGGAUAAGGACUACUACCAAAUGAGCAACAGUGAGCUUUACGAGGUGUUUAGCUUCUUGGCAGAGAGGGGAGGUGUCGCUCAGGUCCACGCUGAAAAUGGAGAGAUCAUUGCAGAGGAGCAAGCACGGAUGCUGCAGAUGGGAAUCACCGGACCAGAGGGACACGUGCUGAGUCGGCCAGAAGAGCUGGAAGCGGAGGCCGUAUUUCGGGCCAUCACCAUCGCCAGCCAAACCAACUGUCCCCUCUACGUGACCCGCGUCAUGAGCAAGAGCGCCGCAGACCUCAUCUCGCAGGCUCGUAAAAAAGGGAAUGUUGUCUUCGGGGAGCCGAUCACGGCCAGCCUGGGUACAGACGGGACGCAUUACUGGAGCAAGAACUGGGCGAAAGCGGCUUCCUUUGUCACGUCGCCGCCUCUCAGCCCUGACCCCACCACCCCAGACUACCUGAACACGCUCCUGUCCAGCGGAGACCUGAGCGUGACGGGCAGCGCUCAUUGCACCUUCAGCGUGGCUCAGAAGGCCAUCGGCAAGGACGACUUCACUCAGAUCCCCGAGGGAGUUAAUGGGGUGGAGGAGAGGAUGGUGCUCAUCUGGGACAAAGCUGUGACUACAGGCAAGAUGGACGAGAACAUGUUUGUGGCGGUCACCAGCACCAACGCCGCCAAGAUCCUCAACCUCUACCCACGCAAGGGUCGGAUCGCCGUGGGUUCUGAUGCCGACCUGGUCAUCUGGGACACGGACGCCGUAAGAACCAUUACGGCCAAGACACACAACUCGACUGCAGAGUACAACAUCUUUGAGGGCAUGGAGCUGCGUGGAGCUCCACAGGUGGUCAUUUGUCAGGGCAAGAUUGUUCUGGAAGACGACAAUCUGCAUGUGACCUCCGGCGUGGGUCGCUUCGUCCCCUGCUCGCCAUUCCCAGACUAUGCCUACAAGCGCAUCAAAGCCAGGAAGCAGCUAUCUGUCCUAAGAGCAGUGCCCAGAGGAAUGUACGACGGCCCCGUGUCCGAAUUCUCCAUGUCGCGUGGCGGCACACCCUCGGCCUCGGCUCGCACAUCGCCAACCAAGCAGCCUGUCAGAAACCUGCACCAGUCUGGAUUUAGUCUAGCAGGUAAAGCUGCACCUUGCGGUCCCCCCACCCCUGACGACCUCCCCAUUAGGCCUGCUGGUCGUCGCAUUACAGUGCCCCCUGGUGGCCGUUCCAACAUCACCUCCCUCAGUUAAACACCUUGUCUUCCCAGGUGGACUUCAGGUGCGCAUUCAGAGCCCAAGAAAGUGUGUCAGAUUGGGGGUGGUUUUGUCAUCAAGAACCAUUACUAAUUACAAACAACAAAAUGCCUUACCUGUCAUAACCCAGACUUUUUUUUUAAAAUCAGUUUUAUUCGUAUUUGGACUAGAAUGAUGCAUUUAAGAGAUGUUUUUUUUUUUUUUUUUUAAACCAUAAAACAACCAAAGCACAACCAGUCUCAGCCUCUUUGAACAGUUAAAUAUGCUAAAAAAAAAAAAUGUACUGGUGCUUUUGGUAGUCGUUUAACAAAAUAAAUAUGUUCCAAAAAGUCAUUUCUAGUCAUCAAGUCCAGAUAAGCUUUCCAUGUUGGUCGGUCUGCAACAUGCAGUACCACUAGUAAGCGCCAGAGGACAAUGUAGAUACAUUAGACGUCAUGUAAACUUGUGAAAUAUGUUGCAUCUUGUUUUGGGGACUAAAACAAUUUAAAAAAAGGUACGUAGCAAAUCCUAGAGGCAUUUCAAAAAAAAAAAACUUGAUGGACAUGGAACUGAAUGGGCCAUUUUGACAUUUUGGCGACGUGAUCCAUGAUCCUUUUAAACGUCGUCUCUCAGGAGGACCCCAUCCUGUCAUGUAGUCAAUGAUUGUUUUAAAACUACAAUAUCAAGGCUCAGUGUUCUUAGACAUCAUGGCCGUCUAAAAAUAUUCUAAUCAUUUGCACUUGUUAUUGUUGAAAGAAAUUGACACUUUGUAGUAUAAUCCCAACAAAAAAAAAAGACAUGCAACAGAAAAACACAAAACUCCUAACAAGGCAACAUGCAACCACUUUAUCAACAGCCUCAUAGGAAUUAUGAGGAAUUCUACCUAAUUUUACUCUUAAAGAUGUUGCACUCUGCAGGAAGGAAAGGAGACAGUGCUUUUAUUUGUUAAUUAGUCCCACACUGAAAGGAAAACACAAAUUGGAAUGAAGUCGUCAUGCAAAUUAAAAUCAGAUCUUUUAGGAAGAUAGUUGUAAAUAUAUUUGAAAAUGCAUCAUUUUAGGGAAAAAAGUCUUCAGGAGGCAACAAAAAAAGUUUAGCAGGAAAAUGAAUUAAGAGUAACUUUCCGAGCAAAAAGUCAUAAAGUGUAAAAAAAAAGAAAAGUAACGAACAGGCAGUUUAGUUGGCUUCGAUUUUUCCUGAAAUGUAUGUUUUUUUUUAACACCAAAUUACUGUAAAAUGAAAAAGGUACCAUUGAUAUUUGUACCGUAAAACUCUGGCAACUGAGCUGACUGUUUUGUAAAAUCUAUGGUUGUUGUUUUUACUAAAUGUACUGAAUGUUGUAAUGAUACAGGAAUAAAGUUACAGUAAUUCAGUUUUUUUAUGGGCAAAAAUCAUAUCAUGAAAAAAUAAGUCAUAAUAGUAAGCUUUUCUUGUGAUAUUAGAUAUGAUAAUUAAAAUUGAACAAAAGUUAAUAAGAUAAAAAGUCCUAUUGUUAAAAUAUAAUAGUGUCUUCAGGAGAAAAAUGUCAUAAACGUCGAAUAAAUAAAAAUCAUGAUGUUAUAUAAAAGGAAAUAGUCCUUUCAGGUCGUAAAGUUACCAGAAUUAUGUUUUGAAAAUAAGGCCAACAAAAUGACUUUUUUCUCAAAUGUUUCCCCAUUUCAGUGUGGCCCUAAUUCACUUUGGUGAGAUAGAGUUGUGUUUUGUUGUAUUUAUAUUUGUUUUUUUUUAUACUGUUGUAUGGAAACCCAAAAACAUGGCAGAGGUAAAAAAAAUAAAGAUGUGUUGUGAAGGUCUGAUUGGAUUCUGAAAUAAAAAGUCGUAACAGAAA